UCCAUCACCGAGAGGGCUGUCCCUCUCCACAAUCUCCCGCAUCCGCCCGUGCGUCUCUCCGUCGCUGCCGGGUCUCUGCCUCCGGGAUGGCUCGGCGGCUGAGAGCCCACCGCUGAUCUGGAUCUCUCUCCUCUCUCCUCUGCCUCCUCGCCGAGGGGGCUCUGCCCACCUCCCACAGAGACGCCUCUGGGGGCACAUUCUUCUUCCCUGGUGCCUACCGUGGACAGCGCCCCAGGACUGGAAAUAUAAUCGAAGAAGACCUGGGUCCAAAACGUUCCACCUGUGUGUCUGGGGAGAUAGGAUCCGAAGGAGAAAGAUGCCGCUGUUCCUAGUGCUGAGCUUGCUGGGGAUACCACAGCCUGGGGAGGGGACGUUCCACCUGAACAUCACAGAAGGCUGCAAACUCAUCUUCCCACCUUGGGACGGUGGUAUCCGCUACCGGGGCUUGACCCGUGAACAGGUGAAGACUGCUCGCUUCCUGCCCUUUGACUAUGAGAUCGAAUAUGUCUGCCGUCCCGAACGCGAGAUUGUGGGUCCCAAAGUGCGCAAGUGCCUGCCCAACGGCACCUGGACGGACAGCGAUGUUGAGAGCCGCUGCUUACGCACCUGUCCCAAGAUGCACCUGAGCCUGGAGAAUGGGCAAGUACAUGUCCGGGCAAUUGAACGGGUGCCUGUUGAGGGCACCUGGGUGGAGUAUCGCUGCAAUCCUGGCUUUCACCUAGUGGGUAGCCCCCGCAGCAACUGCACCAAGGUGGGCCGCUGGAGUUCCGCCAAGCCUGUCUGCGAAUGGCAGAGGGUGGACCCGAUCACUGGAAGCCCCGCGCUUUUGCUGCAGUGCUGGGAUUUGCCACUGCCACCCUGA